AUGCGCGAAGAAGGACUAGUAGCAGAAGAUAUCUUUACGUUGAGUUCAGAGCUGCGAUGAUUAGGGGGUGUCAGCCUUUCAAAAUGGAUCUUCGGGAGGACAAGGAACUGCCACAGGGAGUUGCUGGCGCCCCUAAUGAAGAAGCGCUUCUGGCUUUAAUGGAGAAGUCAGGUUAUACAAUGUUGCAAGAGAACGGACAGAGAAAGUACGGUGGGCCACCCCCUGAAUGGGACGGGCCGUCUCCACCCAGGGGUUGUGAAAUUUUCAUCGGUAAAAUACCCAGGGAUUGCUACGAGGAUGAACUUGUACCGGUCUUUGAAAAGAUCGGUAAACUGUAUGAGUUUAGGCUUAUGAUGGAUUUUUCUGGAUCUAAUAGGGGCUACGCUUUUGCCAUGUACACGAGAAAGCAAGAGGCCCAACGCGCUGUCAAAGAACUGAACAACUUCGAAAUCAGGAAAGGUCGUCUGCUUGGAGUAUGUUCAAGUGUAGACAAUUGCAGACUUUUUGUAGGAGGAAUUCCAAAAAUGAAACAGAGAGAUGAAAUUCUCCAGGAAAUGAGGAAAGUGACUGAAGGUGUUGUGGAUGUGAUUGUGUAUCCUAGUGCUAUGGAUAAAACGAAGAACAGGGGAUUUGCCUUCGUAGAAUACGAGAGCCACAGAGCCGCUGCUAUGGCUCGACGAAAGUUGAUUCCUGGAAGGAUACAAUUAUGGGGACACCAAAUAGCUGUUGAUUGGGCCGAACCAGAACAAGAAGUAGACGAGGAUAUUAUGUCCACAGUAAGAAUUCUGUACGCGAAUCUGAUGUUGAACACGUCUGAAGAAACUAUAAAGGAGUCCUUUGAAACAGCACUGGGAAAGGAAAACAUCAUUGAGAGAGUAAAGAAGCUCAGGGAUUAUGCAUUUGUUCACUUCAAAGCGAGGGAAGAUGCUUUACAGGCAAUGAAAAUUCUCAAUGGGAGCACACUGGAAGGAUCUUUGAUUGAGGUGGUACUAGCCAAACCUGUGGACAAAAAUGACUACUCAAGGAUGAUGAGAUCUGGCAAACCUGGAUAUCAACAGGACAGUGAAGUGACAGAGAGUUCAUCUUCACAGGUGUAUGGUUAUUCAGCAUAUGAGUCACCUUUGGUUGCUCCAGCCUUCUAUGGCCAGUUUGUACAGCAAGCUGGAGCAGGGAGAGGCAUGCAGAGAGCAGCUGUUGGUGUAAGGGGACAGGUUCGGGGGCGUGGUCGAGGAGCAGCAGGAUCCCGUGGGGCAGGGGGAUCCAGGGCCUAUGUGCAGGGAUAUGUACGAGGAGGAAUGAGAAGACACCCAGCAGAGGGUCGCCUUUUUGACAUCUUGCCUGGCAUGGAAUUGACUCCCACUAACCCUGUUACACUCAAACCACAAUCAGUGAAAACUACAGUUCAGAUUCUGGAAGAACUAUGUCAGAAGAAUGGCUGGGGAAGCCCACUUUAUCAGCUCCACUCCACUGGAGGUGGUGGCGGUGACAUGCAACUCUUCCUAUUCAAGGUGACCAUCCCCGCUCUAGCAUCACAGAACCCUGCUCCCUUCCAGCCCAACAAGCUGUGCAGAACAGUUGAAGAGGCCAAGUCAUUUGCUGCAGAGUUUGUCCUCCUUCAACUUGGAGUCAAUGUGGAGAGUGCUGAACUAACUACUGCUCCUGCAAGUCCCUAUCAAGGCAGACCUAUUUAUCCAAACAGUGCCCGUGAUAUGCAAUCAUAUGCAUCUGCAAUGCCUAUAGCUACAAGUGCCUCUUAUGUUGUAGCACCAGGAAAGGUCAUUCAAAACCCCGAUUACCCAGGGACAUAUGAAUAUCCUGCUAGCUAUGCUGCUCCACCCCCUUCCACCGCUGCAGUCUACACACACCAGUACUAAGGGACAAGAGUUGCAUACAACCUGAUUAUACAUUCCACUAUUUAAUUAGAGUAGCAUCAUUAUAUUCCAUAGUUGGAAACCGUUAAGACUUAUUUAUUUGGAAUAUUCUGGCUCUACUCUCAGCUUUAUCAAUUUUAUCGGUCUUUUUGAGUGUUGAUGUUCUUUGCUUGAGUGUGUCUAUCUCAGUAUAUGCAGUAUAUGUACUAUUCUAGGUUUGAAACACUAGUCUUGAGAAGUGUUCAUUGGUACUGGACUAACCAGGAAGUGUAUUUAUCAUGUUCAUAUCAUCUUACAUUGUUAUGUCAUUUGAUGGUAUAGUUUUGUAGCAAGCCCUACACAAUCUUUAGUUGUGAUUAUGAUAAAUCUGUUUUUAAAGUAGACACAGCAUCAGCUGUCGCUGUAGUGUUUCUGAUUGCUCUGAUCUGAGAGAUUUGCAUGUGCCAUAACGAGUAGUUAGGAUUUGACAUGUUUAAAUGUUCUUAACAUAGACUCCUUAUAUUCCUCAAAGGAUAAUGCUUCACUAUAUAAAGAUCAAAUUGUUUUUAAAAUAUUUGGUAGCUAUGAUGAUUACUGAUGAAAUUUCUACCCAUUAAGUUGUUUUGUAGUAUUAAAGCAUGUGCAACAAGUUCUAAACCGGCAUUGAAAACGCAAAGCCUGGGAACUGAUUGCACUUGUAAGUAGUGUGUUUCACAAAUAAUUACUGAGAUAUUGUGUAAGGGUUGCUACAAGCUUAUACAAGAUACAUCAGGGAUUGAUCUGCAUCUUGAUAGAUGCAGCCUUUCAAGAUGAAACAUUCUAGGUCGAACGUUGCAGGUUAUCGGACAAGGCAGCCGUGUUUGCAAGUAUUUGUUGUUCCGUUCAGUAUCUUCAACUGUUUGUUUACAAGUUAUGGUCAUGUUUUUUACAACGUACACUCAAAGUGUUCAUAAAACAGAUGUAUCAAUAACUUCAAUUUCACAAUGUAUGCCCUACGGUGGGUGGUGAUUUUGAAGCCAAGCUUCACAGAUAAUCCUUCAAAUUUGGAAUUCCACUUAGUGCUAAAUAUAUGUAUGAAGCAAAGAAGGCUUCUCUAUGCAUUCGAUGUUGUUAGAUAUGCAUGUAUUGUAGACAACAAUUUGAAAGAUUGAAACAGAACUGAACUUGUUCUUGGACAUAUCAACUCAACUAUAGAGCCAUGAUGAUGGCAGUCUUUUGCUGUCCAAUGUGCCAGAUCACAGCUCUCUUUCAAUGUCUCAUAUUUUGCCUAACACCCAUGACGAGAAGUUCUCAAACUUUUUUGUUUGAAUUUAAGGCAGUAUUUUUCAAGUUUUAUUUAUAUAUGGCAAAAAGGCUUUGUUUUAUGGAUAAAUGAAUACAAUAUCAAGACUAAAUUACCAACCACAAUUGACUAGAUUGGUGGUGAUUUUUAUGAUUUUCGUAGGUUUAGAGUGAAGUUUUUAGUUUAGUUCUUUUGAACACAUGUAUCUGUUAUUUGUUUCUCUACCAUUUAUUUGCAAACUAUUUGCAAACUUGUUUUGACACAAAGUGUUAUGUGUAUUUCAGUACAGGACGAACACUUCGGCCAUUCCUGUUAAAGUAAAAUUACCUUUUUAAAAGUGUUUUACUACAUGGUGCUGUAAUCAUUUGAAGUCUAUUACCACUCCACCAGAAGGAAAACUACUUGGAUUGUAUAGCCAGAUUCAUGGUCCAGUCUUGCUUGAUCAGUAAAUUCUUUGUUGUAACAUCACUGAUAUUGAUGUGGAAACCUGCAGUGAACAAAAAGCAUGCCCAACCCAGAAUAAUAGAAACAUCAGACCACAAACUGAAAGGAAAACAGGUGGCAUCCUAAUUAUCAAGUGUAAUAUUAUCCAUCUUAUUAUGAAUCCCUGGACACAUUUGUCACCAUAGCUCUAAUCAAGUCAGUUUCGAAUAAUAUAGUGUCAGAAAUAUCAUGCUCGCCUUUCAUGGCUGAAACAAGUGGCAAUAUUACACCUAUUGGUGUAAAUAUAGACAAACUGUUCUUUUUAUUGGCUGAUGUAUGAAAGUCCGACCGGGUUAAAUUUCCAGGGUGCUGUUGUACAAGGCAUUCCAUUCCAUAACAUAGACUUAUUACAGUCUUAACAUUAAUGUGUUUUGUACAACGGCAAUCAGAUACAUAAUUAGUGAUGUUACUUAGCAUUUACAACACCGUAAAGGUGAUAAGGUUUGCUGCUACUGUUAGCCAUUUACAUAAACACCUGGGUCUAGAUUUUCAAAGCUGUCUUAGCUCUAAGAUAGUCAUAAGUUAAUGUUAAUGUAUGGCACUUACGAUUAUCUUAGCACUAAGAGAGCCUCGAAAAUCUGGGCCCUGACAUAGUUCCAUGAAAGCAUGUUAAUUCAAAGUGAGUUUCUCUCUCUACUCCCUGUGUCUGCUAAGCAUUCUCCCAUGUGCCAAAACAGCAUGCAGCAGGGAUCGGUGGAUGGUUAGUGCUAAAACUUGAAACAAUUUGGGGGUCUUCCAUUUAUUCAAAUUGAAGGAUAAUCAAAGGAUAGUAUGAUGGUCAUGUAGGUGCAUAAAUGAAUUUGAUUUAUUAAUACCUAUAUGUUCCAUUCUAACAGUCAAUCAUGGUAAAUACCAAUCUUACCAGAUCUCAAAUUAGUGUAUUACAAUACCAUUUCUCAAUAUAUCUCUUUAUCCAUAAAUAGGGGUUUAAACCAAAUAUUAUAAUACAAAUUAGAACAGUGCUGCUUCAAAGAAUUUCACAGUGGACAAAUAAUGAAUUGUUGACAGAUGUUGAUAAAGAAAUAUUUUGAUGCCAGAUUAACAGUAAUGAUUGAUGACUUAAAAAUUGGUCAUUAGUCUAUUGUUAAGAUCAGCAAUUUUAAAUCUUUGAAAAAUUUGUUUUCUCUUUUUGUCCUGUUUUAAAGCAAUCAUAUUUUGAUCAGGAACCAUGUUGAAGUAGAUUCGUGUGAAGCACAUCUUUUAACUAAACACAAAAUGAUGUGCAAGUUCUCGUUCAGUGUAGUAAAAUAAAUUAUAUGCAAGGUAGAAAGGUAUAUCAAGCAUGAUUGCCGGCAUGAGGCAACACACAACUGUUCUUAUGAGAUUUGGAACAAGCAUAAUCUAGCAGUUCUAUCAAAAAAAGUCUAGUCAGUUGAUGUCCUAAGUGAAUAGAGCUAUCAUUUUCUUUGUGUCUAAGCAGGGGACACCCACUUAUUAGAUAUUGAAGAAAGUGAUGGCAAACUGUUCAAUCUUGAUACAUAACAAAGAUAAUUUACUUUGUAUUUUUCUUUGCCAUUACACUCACUUGCCUGUACUAACAUUUUAAAUGGUGUUUUUAGAGACAAAUGAUACAUGUCCCAAUAAUUACUGAUUUCAAUAUUAUCAAACAAAUAAUGACAGUUCUUAUUAACAUAUGUGUUUAUAUCAAAGUGCAUAGGUAUAUCACUGCGGAUAUUGUUACUUUCCAAGUAUAUCCUUGAAGCAAAUAAAUACAAUUUUUACCAACAUUCCACUGAAUCAGAAUUUAAAAUUUUAUUUUAUGGAUGGAUGUUUUAAGUGUUUCUGUACUCUGUUCAAAGAGAAAGGGUUUGUUAAUAAGAAGAUGACUUUUGUUGGUACUGGCAAGUAUCUCUCUGGUAGAGUUGUUUGCUCAAGUUCAAUCUUGCCAAAUAUUUUAUGUUUCGUUAUAUUUGUGAAGGGCACUGCAAACUUGGCACAGAAUUAGGCAACAUCAGAAUGUCAUAGAAUCAUUUUAUCAGAAUCAUACAUUUAACCAUCUUGGUAUCUUAAUUGGUGACGGUUUUAUUUUGAGUUCAUAAAUUAUAUGCUUAAUUGCUUCUAGAUUUUUAGCUUCUGUUAGUUAGAAUUGUACUGAUUCAGUAUUUUAUUGAUAUUUGCUUACAGUAAAAAUAUUCUACUUUCUGGGGAAUAAUAAGACGUGAAUAAUCAGUGCUAUGUGUGUUACAUGUGUGUACACCUUUUCUAUGUAACUAUGAGGAAAAUGUUGACAAAGUUUUAAUUGAAUUGAGACUGUUCACAUGUCAAUAAGGCAUUCUAUGCGACAUUAUUUUCCCCCAGAAAGUAGCCAGUUCUUUGUUCCAGGUGCUGUUGAAGGAAUAUCAAAGAACAUGUAUUCAAGUGUUCAGCUAGUCUUGCAUUGUGUCCCUAUAUGGUAUUUAUGCAUAUCACAUAACUCUUGUUUUCUUCCUUUUACUGCAACUUUGGGUCUCAAGUUUCCAUAUUACCGAAAGAGAAUUUAUGUCCAAAGAAACUCAGGUUUUUGUACCUUUAUAUUUAUAUGUCUGAGGAUGGCAUAUUCUGUGAUAUUUUACAACAUAUCUCAGUAUCUGAGGUGUACAUGUUUUCAGAUUUGUCACUUGAUUGCAAUUCAAAUUCAGAUGUUAAAAAACUGACCCAUUGCAGUAAAAAUAUAUCAUUUGCUUUAAUCUUGACUGAUUGGUAAUCACAUAAAGGAAUAUCUCAAUAUUGAGAUCAGCAAUGGCCUCGUGCAUGAGAUUAGCAACAUAUUUAUCUGUCUAGAUAUUUUUUCUUAAAUGAAACAGAAUUACUGUUUUCAUAUGACAUGCAGUUUUUGUGUUCCGAAGAUAAAACUCUGACACAGAACAAACACAAAGGUGUAUAGAUAACCAGAAAAGAUAAUUGCCAUGUGUUAAACAGGGCUAGAUAUCCACAGACAUGACUUGAAUGGUAAACAUGGUGGUCUCUUGAAAUAUCACCAGUGAUUCCUGAAUUAUACUAGGCUCAGACUGACAGACUUGUGUUUAAUUCAAACCCUGCUAAAGUAACACAAAUACAUUUCACUGGCUAAAUGAUUUAGCUGCUUAAACAGAUUAUGACUAUUAUUUCAUCUACAAUGAAGAAUGAUCAUUGACAUUGUGUCAAUGUACAAACAGAAAUCAGACAAGUAACCAUGGCAACUCUUAGACCCCAUAUAUAGCAAGUACAUUAGAACAAAGUUUUUAAGAGAAAUGAGCUCACAUAUAAAUAGGAUUCAUGGAACUCAAAAUUUUGAAAUCACUUGUGAAGAAAUAGACAGUAAUAGUAGUGAACCACUUUCUUGUCUUUAGAAGCUUUUCCAGUAACUACUAUCCUGUAUAGUGAAGUGUCCCAUUGCUGAUCUGAAUUUUGAGAUAUGAAAAUGUCUCUAUUGAGACCUGAGAAUGGAUCUUCCACUGAGAGAAUGGUUUGACGAGAUCAUGUACGCUGGGCUGUUCCUGGACGUGAGCAUUGGCUCACUAGUUCAAAUGACUAACUGGCAUGAUGUGUGAUUAAGACCAGUCAACAUUAUGUAUCUUGCUAUAUUUACAUGCACUAUUACCUAGAGUGUUAGAUCCAAAGUUACAAGUUCAGAUGUAACAAUCAGAGCUUAUCAAUAAAAUCUUAUCUUAACAA